CAGUCCUUUAGCCGGACUGGAUCUAGCCGCUAUCAGAUGUCACAUUUAUAGCAUCUGACUCAGUCACUGAGAAAAAACAAGAUGAACAAAUACAGGAAGCAGAUAGCAGAACAGUUCCUGAGUCAGGCCCUGGGCAUCAUCUGCCUGCUGACCGGAGAGGAAUACACCAUUGUGAAGAAGAGGCCCUCGCACAGCAGCGUUCAACAGCUGAGUGGAGAGGUGCCUAUAAAGUGGGAUGAUGUUGCUGUGUAUUUCUCUAUGGAGGAGUGGGAGUAUAUAGAGGGACACAAGGAGCUUUACAAGGACGUCAUGAUGGAGACUCACCAAGUACUAAGGACUAUGGAGAUCCCAGGAAAUGAGAGCUCAGAACUAACAGGUCACAGUGAUGAAAAUCUAGACACAGGAACACAUAGAGACCUUGUACAGAAUAUUCAACGAGUGGAGACCCCAUCAGACGUCUCUGCAGAACUAACAGGUCACAGUGUCAUAGACACAGGAGCACAAGGAGGACUUGUACAGAAUAUUCAGCCAUCAGAUGUCUCUGCAGAUGAUAUUAAUACUGAUGUAGACGUUAAAACAGAAGAUCUGAGUGUAACGUGUCAGCUGGAAGCUCCAAUGCAGGAAAUGUGUGACAGUGACAAUGCAGAUGAAAAAGAUGCUAACAUUUUAUGUAACACAGAACAAACAGAAGAUCAGGGGCUAGCAAAUAUGCCAGAAGCUGCAAAGCAGGAAAUAUGUGACAAUAUAAGUACAGCUGAAAAUGAUGCUAUGAUUUCAUGUAACAUGGAGGAAACAGAAGAUCAGUGGCUAAGAAAUGCAGAACCAUCAGAGCAGCAAAUUUGUGCCAAUAUAAGUACAGGUGAAUUCACAAACUGCAAUAAUCCUAGUCAUGAUCAGAGUACAGAUGCUUCUUUACAUCUUCUUCAAAAUCAAAGAAGCCACAUGGGAAAUUUAUGUUCUGAGUUUGGGGAAGCUUUUCUUAAGACAUCACAUCAUCUUAAACAUCUAAAAAUUCAUACAGGAGAAAAUCCAUUUUCUUGUCCUAUAUGUGGGAAAUGUUUUAACCUUAAAAACAUUCUUGUUGCUCAUCAGAAAAUUCAUACAGGAGAAAAAGGAUUUUUAUGUUCUGACUGUGGAAAAUGUUUUACUCAGAAAUCAGAUCUUAUUCGUCAUCAGAAAAUUCAUACAGGAGAGAAAGGAUUUUCAUGUUCUGACUGUGGGAAAUGUUUUAAUCGGAAAUCAAAUCUUAUUGCACAUAAGAAAAUUCACACAGGGGAGAAAGGAUUUUCAUGUUCUGAUUGUAGGAAAUGUUUUACUCAGAAAUCAAAUCUUAUUACGCAUCAGAAAAUUCAUACAGGGGAGAAAGGAUUUUCAUGUUCUGACUGUGGGAAAUGUUUUAAUCAAAAAUCAAAUCUUAUUACGCAUCAGAAAAUUCAUACAGGGGUUAAAGGAUUUUCAUGUUCUGACUGUAGGAAAUGUUUUACUCUGAAAUCACAUCUUCUUAGCCAUCAGAAAACGCAUACAGGAGAAAAAGCAUUUUCGUGUUCUGACUGUGGGAAAUGUUUUACUCUGAAAUCAAAUCUUAUUACACAUCAGAAAAUUCAUACAGGGGAGAAAGUUUUUUCAUGUUCUGACUGUGGGAAAUGUUUUACUCGGAAAUCAGCUCUUGUUAAGCACCAGAAGACUCAUUAUAAAAGUUAAACCUCCUAAGUGCAGAGGGUGACACAUAGUUGUCAUCCACAAAAUACCUAGUGUUGAUGAUGACUGUAUGUGACCCCCUUGAGGCACACAGUUUUGGAGCUGUUUGAGGCCCCUUCUGCACCUCAAGCGUUUAUGAGGAGCAGAAUCUAAAUCACUAUUCAGUAAGAUCGAUUUAAAUCAUGUGUUUUCAUUUUUAGAAUAAUACGUUUUCCGCUUAUUUUUCCAGUUGAUUUGUUUAUAUAUCAUUAGAUAUGCAUAGAUAGAUCAUUUAAAUGAGUUACAUUAUUUGGAGGUAUACUAUCUCCAGUUUGAUUGGUUAAUAAUUCAAAUUUGAUAAACUUCUCACUUGUACUUUAUUGGAAGGAGCCAGAGAAAAAUUAUUAUAUUAAUAAUAACAAUAGAAAUAGUUUUAUUUCACUAAAACAAUAACAUUAUUUUUUUUUUUUUCAUUUUUAAUGCUUGCCCCUCCCUCCUCACACUUGUGCAAAUCUAUUCCAAUCCAAACAAUCUUCUAUUCAGUGAGCUUCUUGAAACUUAGUAUGGGUUGAUGUUGUGUACAUAGGUUUGCAGGGGAGCAAUGGAAUUAAAGGAAGGGAAAGUCAAAAUUAAACUUCCAUGGCUCAGAAUAAACAUGCAAUUUUUAACAAUUUUCUAAUUGACUUUUCUUAUCUAAUUAGUUUUUUCUUUUUGAUAUCCAUUGUUGAAAAGCCUGCAUAGGUAGGCUCACUCAGAUGCAAUGCACUACUGUGAGCUAGCUGCUUGUCCCUCUUACCCAUUGUAUUCAGAUAGGCCCCAGUAGAGCAUUGCUCUCCUUCAACCAAGGAUUCCAAAAGAAUGAAGCAAAUCUGAUAAUGGAAGUAAAUCUGAAAAUGGUAGUAUCUCUCUGAAACCCAAAAGUUAUCUUUCAUGAUUAUGUCCCUUUAAGGUCUAUUUAUCAACUCUGUAUGUUAAUUUUAUAACAUUUUGCUGUGAAGAAGGGGCAUGUUAUUUCACAAAUUCACAGUUUUGAGAGCUACAAAACCAAUAAUAUCUUCAAGAUUUAAAAAUUGUCCAAAAUAAUCUGACAGAAACCUCUGGGGGAGCAUUACAUUGUGAAUGGAUUAAUGGAAUUAAUUUACCAAAAAAUAAAACAACAAAUAUUGCAGCAAUGAAUAUACAGCAUCUUGCUAUAUAAUUAAAAACAAAUCUAUAUUUCAGGAGGAAUAACCUUUUGAAUUAUAAUGUAUAAUAUAUAUAUAUAUAUAUAUAUAAAUCUUAAAUGGCAACUAUCUUUAGAUAGAUUUAUUUAUUUAUUUUCAAAAAUAAUUUUAUUUUUAAAAAAUUGAUUUAAAUAGAGAAAAAAAUCAGAUACCCCCCCCCCCCCCUUAUUAUUUUUUAAUUAAAAAAAUUAUUGAUUUUUAUCCACCCUGUGUGACCCAGUGUGUUGGCAAUCCAGGGUCCCUAUAUAAAUUAAAUAGCCAAGUGAUCACCUGAAGCCCCAUGUGCAACUUUAUAAAUAUGACAAAAUGCUGAUUUAUUUUUGAAGUUCAAUAGCUAAUUUCUAUAGAAAAGCUCCAUGUUAUUUUUAAUUUCAGCUUAUUUUAGAAAUGUUACCUAAUACAACUAUAGGUCCACAACAGUUUUAACUAUAGAGCUGAGGGAAACAAUCUCACUGUAUUGUUUACAACCUUGUUUAUUUAAAUUGUAAUAAAAUAUGCAUUUUUUUCACCUUUUGUUGUAGAUUUCUCACAUAUGAUAAAUAAAAUAAUGGUAUGGUUUGAAUCUGCUGGCUCUGCUGAAAAAAACAUAACAAAGCUAAAAAACAAAAAAGCAAUAAUAUUUAGUUUGUGUGGUUUUGCCACUGACAAAUGACUUCCAGUAAUGUUUAAUUGUGAGAAGCAGCUAAAUGCUCAAAGUAGCUCAGAUAAGGGGUGUGAAAUGGUUCAGCAGCUAGGGGGGUGAAAUGUGGACUAAACACUUUGAGAUUGUAAUAUAAAAUGUGUAAUUAUGUGUAUUAAAAUUACUUUGCAUUAUA